CACACACACACACACACACACACACACACACACACAGACGUAGUUGUUUUGUGAUGAACAGGUGUCCUCCUGUCUCACAAACCUCCAGCAAUGCUCAUGCUUAUCUUGAUCCAGCUGUGGACUUAGGAGGAAAGGAAGGAGAGAAGGAAGACAAGAGAGACACACCACUCAAAGGAGGAGGAGAAGAAGAAUGGGAUAGAGAAAGAGAGCGAGAUCAACAAUCCCACUGUUCAGGAGGCGAGAAAGAGAGAAACAGGGAAAAGUGAGAUUGACAGUGUGUCCAGGCAUGUGGAGAGACAGACUGACUAGAGGACUGGCUCUGCGCCUGUGUCUUCUCCUCACCGCUCUCUGUGUCUGUCUACAUGUUUACCUGGAACUGGGGGAAAGGAGGGGGGCACCUUCACCCCUCACCUUGGGACGUCCCACACAGACCAGCCAGGUGCUACUGGACAGCGAGGCGAGGAAACUGGGGGCCGCAGACCCCAUGGAGCGCCGGGUUGGGGCUGAGGACAGAGCUGUGAAGAGAAGGGUGUCCUACGUACGCACGCCGAAAAAGGACUCUGUAAUAGGGAAGACAGUGGGCUGGGAGGAGCCCUCCACAUGCUGCCCACCUCUACGCCCGAACAGAAAGUCUGCCAGGUGGCACAUAGAGCUGGAGCCGUGGGCCAGUGACAGCCACUCCCUGGAGGAGGAAGCACGGAGGUUCCUCAGCUACAUCACUACACCACAGGUGUUUUGUGCCCCCCCUUCCCCAGAGAGCCCCGUGGUACAGGGAGGUCAGGAGGGACCAGAGGGGCGCUGGGCAGUGUGUCUGGACAGCAGGUACAGCCUGGCACAACGGAUACACAUCCAACACUGCCGGGUCUACUCUCUGGGGUUGGGUAUGGAGGAUAAGACUCUGGAGCGCUCUCUGGCCAGGGCGGGCUGUGAAGUGCACUGUUUUGACCCCAGCCUUAGGCAGGCCCACCUACAGGAGUCAGACAUGUGGCUCCACCGUCUCUCCGUAGACUGGAGGGACCCCAACCCAGCCAUCCACGCCCAACGACAGCACAGCAACACCAAGAAACUGGCCACCAUUCUCAACGAUUUUGGACACAGACAGGUGGAUGUUCUGAAGGCAGACAUGGAGAGUGCGGAGUGGAAGAUUCUAGAGAACCUGGUUCUAGAAGGGGUUCUGAGCUCUGUGGGUCAGCUACUACUAGAAAUCCACCUCCACUGGGCGGGCUUCGAGGUGGGCGGGGACGACCCAUCCGUGGUGCGCUAUUGGUUCAGCCUACUGAAGGAGCUGGAGCGUGCUCACUUCCGCCUCUUCCAUUACCACAGCGACCCAGCAAAGCCCCGCCUCUUCCUGCACCGGAACGUUUUGAACGCCACCAGUGCCUAUACACUGGGCUGGGUCAAUACCCAGUGGAGGCCCUGAGAGCUGACUGACUGAUGGACAGGGCUCUGGCCAAUGAGAAGGGGAGAUCUGGGAAAUAUAGUUCAGCUACGAUGGGAAAGUCAAUCCCAUGGGAUGUUUCACUUUGGAUAUUUAUUCCUGACCAAUACCAGAUUCAUCACGCUAACCAAAGGGUUAAUGUAACAUUUUGUGAGCUAUACUGUACUCCUACAAGCUCCUAUCAUUUCAACAUUUUGAAUCACUACUCCCCUACCCUUCCCUGAUAUGACCUUAGACAUGGUGAGGUAAUUGCCUCGAGGGUCCAAAGUCCAUCUGUCGGUCAGAGCUGCUUUAAAGUGGCUGUGUUGGCUGGAGGUCAGCCGGCAAGCAUUGCGGCAGCCAUCUCUGUCAUCAUGGCCUCAUUUGGGCUUGGCCCUGAGCCAGCCACUCCUAACAGAUACAUCCACCCCCUCCUGGAGAAUUAUCCUCAGAGGCAUGGGUAAUGAAUAGUGAGGUAAGACCACAGCCCAAACUAAUAGCCUCAAUUUGUCCUCAGGAUGUUCUGCAUUAAAAAAGAGUAUAUAGGGCUGGGAGAGUAGCUGUCAGACUGAGGCUGAGCACGCAUCAUUUAGCCCAGGGAUGAGUUUCUGUGGAGGUAGUUAAGGUAAAGGCUCAAACGUUUGCCUGGGAGGACAGACAAUAUGCCUCCUGAAGAGAGACAAAGACAUAACCGUCUACCCAGAGAAUGACCAUACCUGGGUUUCAACGGACACACCUACUCAUUCAAG